GUUUGGGAGCAAGAAUGAACCGUAUUAACGUUGUCGUGUUACUGGUCGCGGCACUGGUUAGUUACGCCAGAGCUCAGCAGGAUGACCUCUAUCCGCUGUCGAUUAUCCACUUCAACGACUUGUACUCGCGGUACAAUCAGGUCAACUUGGAGGGAUUCACCUGUGUCGGUCAGGAACGUUGUCAGGGUGGAUACCCGCGUCAAGUGAGUGCCGUCCGUCAGAUACAGGCGCAAGCGGAGAACUCGAUCUACGUGAACUCGGGCGGUAACUUCAAGGGAACGCUGUGGUACACCGUUCACCGAUGGGAGGUCGUUGCGGCCAUGUUGAAUGUCCUGCCAGCAGAUGCAAUGACGUUGGGUCGAUUCGACUUCUUCCACGGACUGGAAGGCCUCAACCCCUUCAUGGCCGCCUCGGAAACACCGAUCGUGCUGACCAAUGUGGACAAUUCGAACGAGCCGUCCUUUGUGAACUUUGAGCGUUCGGUUGUGGUCGAACGAUCGGGUCGUCGUAUCGGUAUCCUUGGUGUUAUCCGUCCCGAUGUAGCUGCGAUUGGAAAUCCUGGAAAUCUUACGUUCACCGAUCCCGUGGAAGCUGUCCGCACAGAAUCAGCUCGACUCAACGAGGAAGGAGUGGACAUUGUUGUGGUUCUUUCGUACUACGGGCACAACAAUGAGCGAAGGAUGGCACGUACCUGUGGACCAUACGUUGAUGUGAUUGUUGGUGGAUUUUCCAACACGGUUCUCUUUACCGGAGAUGCUACCGACUUCCCGCUCGAUGUGGACGGCAACUAUCCAACAGUUGAUAUACAGCCCGAUGGGCACCGAGUGUUGGUAGUGCAGGCUGGAUCUUACGGCCGAUUGGUAGGCAAUCUGACGGUGUUCUUCAACGAGGAAGGCGAGAUUGAACAGUGGGAAGGUAAUCCAGUGUUUUUGGAUGCCGACAUGCCCGAAGAUCCGCAAGUGAUGGCUGCGCUGUUACCCUUCCGUGAGGAGGUAGAAACGCUCGGAAAUCGUACGGUCGGCGUGACUGAGGUCGACAUGUCCCGGCAGGACUGUGUUACGGGUGAGUGUUUGCUCGGGUCACUCAUCACCGACUCCAUGGUGAGAGCCUUCUUCCCGGUGUACAAUGGCAUUGCGCUGCAAAACCGUGGAGGAAUCCGAGGUGAUCUACAGACCGGUACGAUUACCUUCAAGCAACUGUUCGAGGUACUUCCGUUCGAGAAUCAGCUAUACUCGUUGCUGCUGCGCGGUGAUCAUCUGAUGGCUGUGUUGGAGGAUAGUGUUCGUAGUGCGACAGUGGUCAAUGGUACGGUGCAGGCUUGGGAUCUUCUUCAAGUGUCCGGAUUGAGAGUGACGUAUCGCAUCAACAACCCUCCUGGAAGACGACUAGUGUCGUUGGAGGUGCUCUGUCAGCAGUGUACGGGUGAGGUGUACGAACCGAUCAAUCCGUUCCGCGAGUAUCGAGUUGCCGUGACGGGCUUCCUGGUGGAGGGCGGUGAUCGGUUCACGACUAUUGCUCGCGAGGGUAUGGAUCUCGAGGAAGGACCAAUAGAUUUGGAUGCGUUUGUAGAGCAUGUCGAACGGCUGUCACCGCUCAGAGAUACCGGGGCAGGUCGCAUCCGGUUCACGUUCUGAGUGGUUCGGUCGUUUGUAAUGUAAAGAGUGAAAAUGUUUGUGAAUAAAGUAAUUUGAGUAUUUUUC